AUGGUAAAGGUUCUGGUGAACACAGUAAGUUCAUAUCCUGACGGGCAGAAAAAAGAUGUAGGAGGACAUGGAAACAAAAUGAAGGGCCUGUGGCCCGCCUCCAGCAACAAUGGACGAAUCACAGUGGCGGAGCGUCGGCCAGAGAUUCAGCCACAAAAUGAUCAGGGCGUGGCAAAACACCAACAGUUGCUUGGACAUUUGGCACUUCAUGAGGACAGCAGUGGGCUGCGCCACCGACUCUCAUCCACUUUAUGCCGGCUUCAUGAACAAACGGAGCCACAAGCUCUAAAGGAAGCCAAGCGAGCUGAACUGGAGGCCAAGUUGGUGCACCCCACAGAUCUGCUGCGAAACAUCAGCAGAGCUGAGAUGGCACGUCACUGCAAAAGGACAACAAGAAGCAGCUCAGAGAUGGAGACCUUGAUUUCGGAACUGAUUGAGGCCUACAGCGGGCACAGAGGAUGCAACUCAUUGGGAGUUCCACUCAUCAACUUGGAGAGAAUGGCAGAGAUAUGGAAGGCUCAGAAGAAGCACCUCAGCUGUCUGCAGGACCCACCAGGAGUACUCCUGUACAUGGAGACUGGCACCAUAAAGGAAGGGGGGCACGUUCUGGAAACAUAUCGGCGUGCGAGAGGCUCCACUUCCCUUGAGUGCUUCCACCUGCACAUGAACAGGUUUAUUCCUGGAACACUGGCAAGUGACAUCUUUCUUCAGGCGUAUCUGUUGGAUGGCCUGGCCAGGUGGAACGAAGACCGGAGCAUGUCAGCAGAAGGGAGAUCAGAGCCUCCAGUUCCUCAGGAACCUCCCUCGCGGCUAGCUAGUCCUUGAGCACGCUGGAGAGCCCCUGAAGGAAGACAACAACCAGUGCGUCAUCAGGCCAGCUGGAGCUUGCCGCCAGCGUCCGGAACCUCACUGCAUAGGACGGCACGCUGUCAUCUCUUUGUUUGAGCCGGAG